AUGGAGAAUGUUUCAUCCUAUGUGUCUCCUCCAACACCUGAAACUACAAAUGGAUCAGUCAUGCAUGGUUUGUCUCUUGAGACGAAUCCCAUUGAAAUAUUAGAGACUGGAAGGAGCAUCAGUGACAUCAUUGAUGGCAAGAUUAGACAGCUGUAUUCGGUGGGCAGCGAGGAGCCUUUCUAUGUCGUAAAUCUUGACAAUAUAUUAGAGAGGCACCUGCAGUGGAUCAGUCUGUUGCCUCGGGUGAAACCCUUCUAUGCAAUGAAGUGCAACAACACAACAGCAGUUUUGAAGAUGCUAAGCGCUCUGGACACCGGCUUCGACUGUGCCAGCAAGGCUGAGAUCGAGCUGGCCCUGUCGCUUGGAGUGAAGCCCGAUGACAUCAUUUACGCCCACACGACCAAACCGCUGUCCCACAUCAGAUACGCCUGCGCUCACAGAGUGAAUCUGAUGACUUUUGAUAAUGAGGAGGAACUCUUAAAAAUCUCUCUUGUCCAUCCCCAAGCCAAGCUGGUAAUACGAAUUGCAGUGGACGACUCCAAAUCGAUGGUAAGACUCAGUCCAAAGUUUGGAGCCAGACUGCCCACAGUUAGACAGUUGCUGGACCGUGCCAGAGAGCUGAACUUGGAGGUGGUCGGCGUCAGCUUCCACGUGGGCAGCGGCUGCACCAGGAGCUCAGCCUUCAGGCAGGCCAUCGAAGACGCUCGGCGCGUCUUUGACGUAGCGAGUUUUUUGGGGUUCCAGAUGAGACUCUUGGAUAUUGGUGGAGGAUUUUCUAAGAUUGGGGACUUCCAAGAGAAGUUUGAAGAGUUCUCAGAAGUCAUUAACGGAUCGCUGGAUGAAUUCUUCCCACCUGUCAGUGGGUUGGAGGUGAUUGCAGAGCCGGGCAGAUACUACGUGGAAUCGGCCUUCACGCUGGCAGUGAACGUCAUCGCCAAAAGAGUCGUCGUCGAGGACAGAGCCAUUAAAUGCACAGCAGAAAGCUGCCCCGAGAAAGUGAUGAUGUACUACAUUAACGACGGUGUGUACGGCUCCAUGAGUUGCAUCACCUUUGACCCCGCUCACAGCAAACUUGAACCGUACCCUCACAGGGCUGUUAAGAAGAACAAACCAAGAUACCGCUCCGUCAUCUGGGGUCCAACCUGCGACAGCAUCGACAAAAUAACCGAAAGCUACUGGAUUCCUGAGCUGUACGUGGGCGACUGGCUUCUCGUCGACAACAUGGGCGCUUACACUGUCAGCGUAACCACCGACUUCAACAGCUUUGAAAAGGCACACAUUUAUACUGUUGUGACAGCUGAGACUUGGCUCGCCCUAAACCUGUCUCGUGCCUACGAUACUGUCCAUUAA